UCUCUCGGCACAACUAUUGCACACGAAAAUAUAUUGUGCAAGGUUAGUUCUGCAGGAGGCUGUGGUGGCCGCGUGGCGCACGUUUUCAUUCCUCGUGUCGUGUGCCAUGCUUUACGUUCACGUGGUUGCGCUCGUUGACGUGGUUGCGCUCGUCUGUGUCUGCUGGUGCUUGAGCUUGAUGGAGCCACGACAGGAAACGUCAGGGACUCAACAACCACGGCGGAGUACACAACCUCUUGCCAGCACAAGAAGUCUCGCAUGGACCCAUUUCCGUAAAGUUUGCCAGGGGGAAGCUGGGGGGGUGUGCAACCUUUGCGAAAGCUCGCUGCGAACCCCAUCAGGCACAACCACUACUCUCGUGAACCAUUUGAAACGGCACGCCAAUCAGUAUGCGGAGUUUCAAGCAGCUGCUAAAGUCAAGCCUGCUAAUCAGCCAAGCAUUGCUGAUGUGUUGAGAAAAACGGCACUGCCGCAAGCGAAACGGGAGGCUUUGGACCUGAAGAUUGCCAAGAUGGUUGCGCUCGACCUGCAACCGUACACGAUUGUGCAAGACCGGGGAUUCUGGGAUUUAUUGAAGGAUGCAGUCCCAGGUUACCUGCCACCAUAGAGAACAACGCUGUCGUGCACGUUAGUGCCGAAGUUGUACGACGACACUAGAAAGAAGGUUCGACUUGAGCUACAGAAUGCGUUCGAGAGUGGCAUGGAGUCUCUCUCCUUCACCUCUGACAUGUGGACGUCCAGAGCGAACGAAAGCUACAUCAGCCUGACCUGCCAC